AAAAUACAGGAAGUGCCCGGAUUAGUCGUGCAGUUCGAGUUAUGAGUUCGAGCUGUCAAAUACACUUUAUGUGAAUGUUUGACAAUGUUGAACAUUUGUAUCUACAUUGUAACAGUUUGUGUCACCGAACGUUCUAAUAUUUGGCGGGACGCUACACGGCAGGCAUGUCUCUCAAGAUUUUCUGGAGGUUACAUCAGCCUUUGAAAAGGACACAAGCCUAUGGAUUUGCUUUUAGGACAUUAGAUGGAUUAAACAGUGUCACUGCCAACAGGUUCAACUGCAAAACACUGGCAUCCAAUGCAUCUACACUAAACCUUCUCAGAGACUGGAGGAACUGUCACGCCAGGUUACAUUACCAUACAUGCUUGUUGCAGAGAGGAGUGUGUCAGAGACCACUUUUUGAAAAACUGACUGUUUUAAAUUUGAAAUCCAGUUUACAAAUGAGAUUGCAAUCCACAACAACAGCCACCAAAUCAGUGCUAAAACAAGGAGGUAUAAAGGGAAAAAGGACCUUUAAGGGACCAAGAACCAAACAGCCUUCACGUACUAAUCAGCCCAGUCUGGAGGAGGACCUGAUGCAGUGCAUUGCAUACUCAACUGCAGAUCAGUACCAUUUACCAACCCUCUGUCACGAUCUCAUCGCUCACGGCUUUGUUGAAAUCAAAGAAUUUCCCAGAGAUGCUUCUAAUGUUUUGGUUAUGGGAACAGAGAAUGCUGCAAAACCUUAUGAUAGUGGCACAAUAUUUUUCUUCAGAGAAGGCUCUGUAGUGUUCUGGAACACUGAAGAGAAAACUAUAAAGACUGUGAUGAGGAUACUGGAACAGCAUGAAAUUCAACCCUAUGAAGUCGCUCUGGUUCACUGGGAAAAUGAAGAGAUCAAUUAUACAGUGGGAGAGGGUAAUUCAAAGCUGCAUCGUGGAAUUUUCUUGUUUAAUGAAGAGCUGGACUACGAUCAGGUUGUUCUGGAGAAGUUUGCAUUUUCCAAUGCUUUAUCUCUGUCAGUAAAACUAGCAAUAUGGGAGGUCUCUCUCGACAACUUUGUUGAGUCCAUCCAGUCAAUUCCUGAGAUGCUGAAGUCUGGACAGAGAGUGAAACUGUCCAGGGCUGAAGUUAUGCAGAAGAUAGGGGAGCUCUUUUCCCUCAGGCACUGCAUAAACCUCAGCUCUGACUUACUGAUCACACCUGAUUUCUACUGGGACAGAGAAGAUCUCGAGCAGCUUUAUGACAAAACCUGUCAGUUCCUCAAUAUUAACAGAAGAGUUAAGGUUAUGAAUGAGAAGUUACAGCACUGCACUGAACUAACAGACCUGAUGAGGAAUCACCUCAGUGAGAAACACAGUCUCAGACUGGAGUGGAUGAUUGUCAUCCUGAUCACCAUUGAGGUGAUGUUUGAACUUGCUCGUGUAAUCUUCUGAGGACCCUCAGAUACAGACUUACAAUGGCAUACAGUGACUUUUUGUAAACCAGCAAAUCUUUUUCUGUGGAUGAACUUGAAGUACUUAUUGAUUAGUCAUCUGAUCUUUUGCUGUUCUUAAUGUGACACUGACCUGAAAUAAAGUUUUUUUUUUUCUAGAA